AUGAAAAGAAUUAGUAUUUUAAGAUUACUAAGAAAUAAUAAAAAUAUAAAUGGAGUAAUAAAUUAUAAACCAACAACAAUAACACUAUCAUCAUCAAUCAUAACAACAACAACACAACGAUCAUUGUCAUUAAAAUUUAACAAUGAAAAUAGAUUUUAUAGUAGUAGUAAAGCUCUAUUAAAUGGUAACAUUGUAAAUAAUGAAAUUUCUAAAUCAAUUGAAAAAGUUAAUGAUCCAAAUUCUUUUGAAUAUGUUUUAAGUGGUUUUUAUGAAUCAAGAAAAUUUGAAAAAGCAAUUAAAUAUUUUGAAGAAAUUAGGGAAAAUAAUGACCAAUUUAAACCAAAUAAACUUAUAGUAACUAAAAUAAUGAAAUGUUAUGCAAAAUGUAAUAAAAUGGAGAAAUGUUUAGAAUUGUAUAAUGAAAAUCAACAAGAUUUCGAUAUAAUAAUGGGUUUAGUUUUAAUUAAAGGUUAUUUAGAUCAAUCAAAUUUCGAAGAAGCAAUGAAAUGGUUUGAAAAAUGUCAACAAUUAAAUAUGGAUAAUAUUCGUCACUACACUGUCAUUAUUGGAAAACUCUCAAAAUCUGGUCAAUUCUCUAUUAUCGAUAUGAUGUUGGAUCAAAUUAAAAUUAAAAAUUUAAAAUUUGAUACUCAUCUCUACACAAUCCUCUUUACUGGUUUACAAUCUUUCAUAGGUAAUGGUCAUCUUGACCGUACUUUAAAAUUAUAUGAACAAUUAAUGAACGAUUUAAAAACAGCAUCAACAACAACAACAACAACAGAUUUAAAAAUGGAUAGUAAAUUAUUUAAAGAAUUAGUUGAAUGUUUAUUUUAUAAAAAGCUAUAUAAAUCAGUUGUAGGAUUAUAUGAAAAGUUUAAAAAUUCAAAUAUUGAUUUUUCACUUAUUUUACCAAAAAUUUUAACAUCAUAUAAUUAUGAUUAUCCAAAUUCUCCAAAUGAUGUAAUUCAACUUUGGUCAAAAAUUAAAAAACCAUCACCAGGGAGUUAUGCUUGUUAUUUCCAUUUUUUAAAUAACUGUAAUGAAUUUAACUAUUUCCCAAAUUAUAAAUUUAAUAUAAUUGAUAUUGUUGAAAAAGAAUUAACAUUGAAUAAGAAUAAUAUGAACUUAUUUCAAAAUGAUAUUUUCAUUGUAAAUCAAAUUAUUAGAUAUCAUAUUAUAGAUAAUGAUUUCUCAUCGGCUUGGUCAAUUUUCCAAUAUACACUUUCAAAUUCAAUUGCUGAUGUUUUUUCAUUUUUUUAUAUUUUAAAAUAUCUUACAAAUCAUUCAACUAAUCCAAUAGUUUAUAAUAAUUUAAAAGAAAUCCUAACAAGUAGUUAUUAUAUUAAUCUAACAAAACAAUAUUCAGAUUAUAAAAAAGUAAUUUGGAUUCCAAUUUUAAAACGUUUAAAUUCAUCUGAAGAAUUUAAACCACAAUUACAACAAACUAUUAAAUUAUUAGAAUCUCAUACUUCUGAAUCUUUAAUUUUUUAUAAUAAAGCUUUAGGUAGAAAUAACUAA